GAAAAGCGCCUUCUGAGGCCCAGCUGCUCACGGAGUCUCCUGAACCUCCCGGGAACGGGCCGCGCUCUCCUCCAGCACCAUGAGCAGCAGCUUUGUGGGCGCCUGGAAGCUGGUCUCCAGCGAGCACUUCGAUGCCUACAUGAGAGCGCUGGGUGUGGGGCUAGCCACCAGGAAACUGGGAAAUUUGGCCAAACCCAAAGUGAUCAUCAGUAAGAAAGGGGAUAUUAUAACCAUAAGGACUGAAAGCUCCUUUAAAAAUACAGAGAUCUCUUUCAAGCUCGGCCAGGAAUUUGAAGAAACCACAGCUGACAACCGGAAAGCAAAGAGCAUCGUAACCUUGGCCAGAGGCUCAUUGAACCAAGUGCAGAAAUGGGAUGGCAAGGAAACCACAAUAAAGAGAAAGCUGGUGGAUGGGAAAAUGGUUGUGGAAUGUAGGAUGAAAGGCGUGGUCUGCACCAGGAUCUACGAGAAGGUCUGAGAAAACCGACGCCUCGUUGACCUGGUAUUUGCUCAGCUGUUUCCCUGGCAGAGUCUGACUACACUGCAGUUUGCUUGUUCCUGCUUUCAUCUGGAUAGAGCAGUCAGGCAAAGGCCUCCGCGGAGGAUCCAUUUACAAUCCAGCAUUAUUCAAAUAUGCUCAAUUUGCUUGCAUCUUUGCUGUCUUAAAGCAUCUAGAUUGCCCUGACCUAAAUAGUUGAUAAUGCCAUCUAAUUACUUGUAAAAUUCUAACUUGUGUUUUGGAUACUUGCAAUGAUAAUAAAAGGAGGCAAACGUGCUGGUCAGGGGCCACUCACACAAAUGCCUGCCAGGAGGGAGCGCCUGGGGAGGAGCAGAAGUGAGGCAAUCCGGAGGAGCAGCUUCAAAGCGAGGGUUAACGUUCCAGCUGAACUGGGCUCCAGCCCAUUUCUUUUAAAUUGAGGUUAACUUAUCGACAGCGAAAUGCAAAUAUCUUCAAGGUAAAGAUUAACCCAUCGCAUGCACCAUGUCACCUACACCCUGUUUAAGACAUAGUACAUUUCCUUAAGCCCAGAACGCUGUCCCAUACUCUUCCCAGCUCACAUCCUGCUCUCUCUCAUCAUCUCCAACAAAAGCAAACAGUGGCUUCGUUUUUAUCACCAUAGAUUCAUUUGUUCUGCCUGUUCUCAAACUUCAUGUAACUGGACUCAUCCAUUAUGCGUCCUUUUGUUUGCCUCUUUAAACGCAGCAUGUUUUUGAAAUUCGUCCACAUUGUUCCUGCAGCAGGAACGGGUUUCUUUUUCUCGCUGAGUAGUAGCCCAUUGCGUGAAUGUAUCACAGAUUCUUUCUCUCUUUUUCUCUUAACACAGUGGGGCUAUUUCCAACCUGGGGCUAUGGUGAACAAAGCUCCUGUAAACAUUCUCAUACGAGGCUGUUUGUAGACUCUCUUUUGGAUAAAUUACGAGGCAUGAAAUUACUGGGUCCAGUGGAUUUGGAUUGGCAGGAAAGAGGGGACACUGUGUUCCAAUAAUCAUGUACCUAUUUCAGAUAUAUUACCUGACUGAGCAAAUGAGAUGUUUGAAUGUUAGGAGCCAGAGUUUUCCUCUGGAAGAAGGAGCACGCAGCUGUGGCAUGAGGGGGGAAACAACAAGGUGAAAAUGCGCUGGAACAGAUGGAAAUUCACGGUUUCUAACGCAUGUAUUUGCGUGUGUGUGUGUGUGUGUGUGUGUGUACAAUUUGACAUGUACUGAUGUGUGUAUGCACAUAUGUGUUUAUGUAUAUACCCCCAGUGGAUGUCUUAAACCGCAGAUAGUACCAAACCCUCUAUAUACUAUGUCGUUUCCCUAGACAUACAGACUUAUGAUAGAGUGUAAUCUAUAAGUUAGACACAGUAAGACAUUAACACCAAUAAGUGACAAUAAAAUAGAACAAUUAUAACAAUAUACUCUAAUAAAAGUUAUGUGACUGUGG